AAAGGAAUUAUAAUCCCACUGUCACAGAAAUUUCUUUCAAUUUUCUAUAUUCAGUGACUCAGAGAUAUAGAAAGAUAGAUGGAAGGAGAGCGCCAAAUAGAAAAGGGGAAAUAUGCCGCUGAUAUUUCGUCCAUAAAGGAAGCACAUGACAGAAUCAAACCAUUUAUUCUCAAGACUCCAGUUAUGUCCUCCACCUCUCUCAAUGCCUUAUCGGGAAGGCACCUCUACUUUAAAUGCGAAUGUUUCCAGAAGGGGUAAGAAAUCUAGUCCCAAUGAAUUCCAAUUUCAACUGUUCUCUUGUUUUCACUUUAUUCUAUGGUUCAUCAGUGGAGCCUUUAAAUUUCGAGGUGCCUGCAAUGCUGUUUUCUCGCUAGACGAUGAAGAUGCUUCUAAGGGAGUUGUAACACACAGCAGUGGAAACCAUGCUGCAGCGUUGGCUUUGGCCGCGAAGCUACGGGGAAUCCCUGCAUAUAUUGUUAUUCCGAAAAAUGCUCCAACCUGCAAGGUUGAGAAUGUAAAGAGAUAUGGGGGUCAAGUUGUCUGGUCUGAGGCUUCUGUGCAAUCAAGGGAGGAAAUUGCAAACAAAGUGUGGCAAGAAACUGGUGCUAUCUUUGUUCAUCCCUAUAACGAUGGCCGCAUAUUGAGUGGUCAGGGUACCAUAUCCUUGGAGCUUCUGGAACAAGUUCCACAAAUAGAUACUCUUGUAGUUCCCAUAAGUGGUGGUGGUUUGAUAUCAGGAAUAGCAUUGGCUGCCAAGUCUAUCAAUCCUGCUAUUCGUAUUUUUGCUGCUGAACCUAAAGGGGCAGAUGAUGCUGCACAAUCUAAAGUAGCCGGGAGGAUAAUAACGAUGGCCAAGACAAAUACUAUAGCUGAUGGCCUUCGAGCAUUUCUUGGGGAUUUCACAUGGCCUGUAGUGCGAGAUCUUGUCGAGGAAGUUAUAACUGUGGAAGACAGUGAAAUAAUCAAAGCCAUGAAACUUUGUUUUGAAAUUCUUAAGGUUGUUGUUGAACCAAGUGGUGCAAUUGGUCUUGCUGCUGUCCUAUCUGAUACUUUCCAGAAAAAUCUUGCUUGGAAGGAUUGCAAACAUAUCGGAAUAGUAGUUUCAGGAGGGAAUGUUGAUCUGGGCAUACUUUGGAAUUCUUUGAACAAAUGACAAUGGAUUCUUUUGUUUUACUUGUAUGAACCUUAAUUGCUCUAGAUAUAAGUGUUAUUUCAUUAAUGAUGUAGCAGUGUCGUGUUGAUAUGUUUACUUCAAUGCUACUUGUUAAAUUUAUUUUUUCUCAAGAAUUGUGUGGACUAAUAUUUUAUAAAAUAAAAAAAUGUGGGAACCCUUCCUGUUAGAGCGUGCCA